AGUCGGUUUGAAAAGAGCAGACAAAGGCUUUGAGCUCAGGACGCCCCUCUCUCUUACACACUCUGCCUUCAAAGCAAAUCUAGCGCUGUCUUCGCUGCUUUUUCUACCAUGGAAAUGUUUCCUAUUCGGUGGCGGUAAGAGUGCGGGCUUUAUUUUUUUUACUUUCUUACACUGAAAUGCACGACCGUCUGGAUCCCCGCUCGGCCGAGAGAGGGCGGCUUUUUGUGGGUAUAAUACAAGGAAGCGUCGUCUGAGAGAGAGGGAGAGAGAGAGAGAGAGAGAGAGAGAGGGGGAAGGAUUGACGCUUUUUUCCUCCUCUCCUCCUCCUUCUUCUUCCUUUCACCACCCUCUCCUCCUCUCUCUUUUUUUUUUUUUGGCGGAGAGAGGAGUUCAGGCAGGAGUAAAUGCUUUUUUUGUUUUUCUUUCUUAAUUUCCUUUUUUUUUUUUUUUUUUUUAAAUGCAUUUGAAUUCUACUGCGCAACCAGACCGGAUCACGUGGGGUUGGAGAGAGUUGGAUCGAUUUCGUACAGUUCAGUGUGAGAAAGAGAGAAAAAGGAACAACCAACUCCUAUAUCUUCUUAUUUUAUACUUCUGUGGAUAACUGGAACUGUUGAUACUUUUGCAUAAAUACAGGAGAAGUGGGGGGUAGUUUGACUUGCUUCUUUUUUCAGCCUUGGAGGUGUGGAGUAUUGAGUCUUAUAUGCCUGGGGUUUGAAAAACAAUGGAGACGCACAUUUCGUGCCUCUUCCCGGAAAUUUUGGCCAUGAUUUUCAGCUAUCUGGACGUGAGGGACAAAGGCAGGGUAGCCCAAGUGUGCAUAGCUUGGAGGGAUGCAUCCUACCACAAGUCAGUGUGGAGGGGGGUGGAAGCCAAGCUGCACCUCCGCCGGGCCAAUCCCUCUCUGUUCCCCAGCCUCCAGGCCAGGGGCAUCCGGAGGGUCCAGAUCCUGUCCCUGCGCCGCAGCUUAAGCUACGUGAUCCAGGGGAUGCCUAACAUUGAGUCCCUCAAUCUGUCUGGCUGCUACAACCUCACUGACAACGGGCUGGGUCAUGCGUUUGUGCAGGAGAUCCCAUCGCUGAAGGUUUUGAACCUGAGUCUGUGCAAGCAGAUCACAGACUCCAGUCUGGGCAGGAUAGCUCAGUACCUGAAGAACCUGGAGGUGCUGGAGCUCGGCGGAUGCAGCAACAUCACCAACACUGGGCUCCUCUUGAUAGCUUGGGGCCUCCACAGACUCAAGAGCCUCAACCUGAGGUCCUGCAGGCAUGUCUCUGACGUGGGGAUUGGACAUUUGGCGGGCAUGACUCGCAGUGCGGCUGAGGGCUGCUUGAACUUGGAGUAUCUGACCCUCCAGGACUGUCAGAAACUCACAGACUUGUCACUCAAACACAUUUCCAAGGGGCUGACCAAGCUGAGGGUGCUGAACCUCAGCUUCUGCGGAGGGAUCUCGGAUGCGGGUAUGAUCCACCUCUCGCACAUGGCGUCCCUGUGGAGCCUCAACCUACGCUCCUGUGACAAUAUCAGUGACACGGGGACCAUGCACCUUGCCAUGGGCACCCUGAGACUUUCUGGGCUAGAUGUUUCGUUUUGCGACAAGAUAGGGGACCAGACAUUGGCGUACAUCGCCCAGGGGCUCUACCAGCUCAAGUCCCUGUCCCUGUGCUCGUGUCACAUCUCAGACGACGGGAUAAACCGGAUGGUGAGGCAGAUGCACGAGCUGAGGACCCUAAACAUUGGACAGUGUGUUCGCAUCACGGACAAAGGGCUGGAGCUCAUAGCCGACCACCUGACCCAGCUGGCAGGCAUCGACCUGUAUGGAUGUACCAAGAUCACCAAGAGGGGACUGGAGAGGAUCACACAGCUCCCCUGCCUUAAAGUGUUGAACCUGGGACUCUGGCAGAUGACAGAGAGUGAGAAAGUGAGGUGAUUGGAAAUGUGUUGUUGUGUUCUUUUUGGUUCUUUUUGUUUCUGUAUGGGUAGGGGCAUAAGUAGAUGGGCAUGGGACAUUUCUUUUCUUAUUUCAAAAAGAGAGAAAACCUCCCUUUCCCCUCCUGUGUGCUUGUGUUCUUGAGUGACCAGAAUUUUAUGUUCAAGUGUUUUUCUGUUUCUUUCACUUGGCCUUGCAGGAUUGAAAAUUAGUGUUUGAGAUGACUAAAUAUUCUGCCUGGUAGCAAGCAAUGAAACCUUACUUUUUAUGAGCUCAUGAACAUCCAUGUUAACAUUUGGUUUGGUCUCAUACUGAGUUUAAUAUCUCGUGCAUUCUGAAAUUUGGACUGGAAUAACUGUUCACAAAUCAGCUUAUUUCACGUAUUUGGGGAGAAAAAACAAAACGUGUCAUUCUCGCUGUAAAAGUUGCAUCUCGUUUGAAGCGAAAUGAGGUUCAGAACUCUCAGUUGUGAGACUUUUUCUUUCAGUUUUACAGUGCGUCUGGAUUUGAUACAUUUAUGACUAAUCUCCUGCUACAGCCAUCACGCCUACAAAAACAUUUGGCUACCUCGUAUGUGGUUGUUUUCAAAGGGUGUAUACUGUUAAAAAAAA